AGUGCCAGGUGGAGGUGGUGGAGGGGGCGGAGUCUGUCCUGCUGCCCUUCAAAACCACAGAAAACCUGCCCGGGGACAGCGAUGUGGAGUGGAAACGCCAUGAACCCGAAUACAUGAAGGUCUGUGUGUAUGAGAACGGCUCUGACCGGCCCGACAAACAGGACGACCAUUACAGAGGUCGCACUGAGAUGAACACUGACCUGCUGACCACCGGAGACCUCGGUCUGACCCUGAGACAGCCCACAGUGAAGGAUUCUGGGAGAUACGCCUGUGAGGUCAACAGCAAGGAGGCCUGGAGAUACAAGAGGGUGUGGCUCACAGUCAAAGGGACAGAUCAGGUCCAGGAUCCAGCCGAGGACAACAAGGCUUUUGAAAUGACUCCUCUGAUGGACCAGCUUAGUCUGACUGGGCUCUGAU